AUGACCCAAGCAGGUAUGUUGGAACAUCUCAAACUAGAGAAUGUGGCACUGUCUCAGCAGCUGACUGAAACCCAGCACAGAUCCAUUAAAGAAAAGGAACGUAUUGCAGCACAGCUGCAAAAUAUUGAGGCUGACAUGUUAGAUCAAGAAGCUGCCUUCAUGCAGAUCCAGGAAGCUAAAACCAUGGUGGAAGAAGACUUGCAGAGAAAAUUAGAGGAGUUUGAGGAUGAGAAAGAACAGCUUCAGAAAAUGGCUGAUUCUGCAGCAACAUUGGAGCAAGAACUGGAACAGGUCAAGUUGACUUUGCAUCAGCGAGAUCUACAGCUUGAAUCUUUACAGCAAGAACACCUAGACCUAAUGAAGCAAUUCACUUUGACCCAAGAGACAUUGCACACCAAAGAGCAGUCCCUGGAUGACCUGCAAACACAGUAUGAUGAACUGAAGGCCAGAUUAGAAGAGUUCCAAAGUGACACUACUUCUAAAGAUGACAUGAUCCAGUAUUUGCAGAAUGAGAAGAUUGUUUUGGAAGUAGCUCUGCAGGCAGCAAAAGCAAGCAGAGAGCAACUUGAUGAAGGAGCAAUGCGCCUUGAAGAAGAUACGGAAGUAGCAUCACAAGUCUUGGAACAACUGAGGCAAGAAAUGGCAAUCAAGUCAAGCCAGGUAGAAAAUCUGCAAAAAGAAAAUGCUAGCCUUAAAAAACAGGUCCAAAAAGUGAAGGAACAGUUCCUGCAGCAGAAGGUAAUGGUGGAAGCUUAUCGAAGAGAUGCAAGUUCUAAGGACCAGCUGAUUAGCGAACUGAAAGCUACAAAGAAGCGGCUGGACUCAGAAGUGAAAGAGUUAAAACGAGAGCUACUGAAAAUUCAAGUUGAAAAGCAGUCACUCGAAUCUGAACAUUCAAAACUGCAGAAGGAAGUAUCUCAGGUUCACCAGCAGAUGGUGGAAAUAGAAAAUAAUCUUCAGUCAGUGCAGAAAGAACGAGACGAUAUGGAAACACGCCUACAGUCUUUGCAGUUCGAUAAGGAACAAAUGGCAUCUCUUGCUGAGGCAAAUCAGGCAUUAAAACAACAAGUAGAACAAAUGCAAGAAGAAGCAAAAAAGGCCAUUACUGAGCAGAAACAGAAAAUGAAGCGUCUAGGGUCAGAUCUGACGAGUGCUCAGAAAGAGAUGAAAGCAAAACAUAAAGCCUAUGAGAAUGCAGUUGGCAUUCUUAGUCGUCGGCUACAGGAAUCUCUUGCCGCAAAGGAAUCUGCUGAAGCAGAGUUGAGCAAACUAAAAGCACAAAUCACUGAUGGUGGAAGCAACCAGAUUGCUCAAGAAAGGAUUCAAGCUCUGGAGACAGAAUUGCAAGCUGUUAGCAGCAGUAAGUUGAUGCUGGAAAAAGAGUUGCAAGAAGUGAUUUCACUUACCAGCCAGGAGCUUGAAGAAUACAGAGAGAAAGUGCUGGAACUUGAGGAUGAGCUUCAGGAAUCUAGAGGCUUCAGGAGGAAGAUAAAACGUUUAGAAGAAAUUAAUAAGAAGUUGGCUCUUGAACUGGAGCAUGAACGUGGAAAACUUACAGGUCUUAGUCAGUCCAAUGCCGCUUUGCGGGAGCACAACAAUAUCCUUGAAACAGCGUUAGCAAAAAGAGAGGCAGACUUGGUACAACUGAAUCUACAGGUUCAGGCAGUCCUAAAGCGGAAAGAGGAAGAGGAUCAGCAAAUGCAACAACUUAUUCAAGCUUUACAGGCUUCCUUAGAGAAAGAAAAGUCAAAAGUCAAAGAACUUAAGAAGCAGGAAGCAGCAGCCAAAGCGGAUGCAGCACAUAACCGCCGUCAUUACAGAGCUGCUAUGCUUGAGCUCAGUGAAAUCAAGAAAGAGCUACAGGCCAAAGAACUGCUUGUCCAAGCCCUUCAAGUUGAAGUGGACAAACUGCAGGCAGAGGAUGAAAAACAUUCCCAGGAGGUAUCACAGUUUCAGCAAGAGCUGGCAGAAGCCAGGUCUCGGCUCCAACUUCUGCAGAAAAAGCUGGAUGACAAGCUUAGUGAACAGCCUGUGGUAAGCCAAGAGGUGGAAGACCUCAAGUGGGAAGUAGAACAAAAAGAAAGAGAAAUUGAAACGCUUAAGCAGCAGUUGGAUAUGAGUGAACAGCGCAGCCACAAGGAAUUAGAAGGGAUACAAGUUGUCUUGCAGAAUAUCAAGACUGAGUUGGAAAUGGUGAGGGAAGACCUGUCACUGACUCAGAAGGACAAGUUUAUGCUGCAGGCUAAAGUGACUGAACUGAAAAACAGCAUGAAGUCACUGCUGCAGCAGAACCAGCAACUGAAGUUGGACCUGAAGCAUGGCAAGAUGAAGAAGAGGAAGGAAUUGAAAGGAGAGAAUAACUCUUCAAAUCCUGUGACUCCAGUCAAGAUUCCUGAUUGUCCAGUGCCCGCUGCUUUGCUGGAAGAACUGUUGAAGCCAUCGGCAGCUGUGAGCAAGGAGCCUUUAAAAAAUCUGAACAGCUGUCUCCGGCAGUUAAAGCAAGAAAUGGACAGCCUUCAGCGUCAGAUGGAGGAACACACCAUUACAGUACAUGAAUCAAUGUCUUCGUGGACUCAGAUUGAGGGGCAGCUAAUGGACCUUACCUCCAGCAGUCCUGCGACUGCAUCAGACCAGCAGGAGAUUCCUACUGUAGAUGAAAAGAAACAGAAUUGUAAUGUUAGUGACAAGGAAGCUUUGACACUAUAACCUUUUUAUCAGUUGUCUUUCUUCCUAUUGCUUUAAGUAUGUAAACAAAUCUUUAUCGAAAUUAUUUAUUUAUUUCAUUUUAAAAAAUGAUGUUCAGAGUUGUGCUUUUGCCUGUAGAAGCAAAGGGCAUGGUUUUGAGAAACUGGUGUAACAUUAAAUGCAGAACAUGCUAUUCCAAGGGUUUGUUUGAAACCUUACCAUAAUAAUGCUGUCAUGUUGGGGACUGCCAGGUGGUAAAUCUAGCUCA